AUGGACCACCACCGUUACUCUCGCCCUUCGACAUUGGGCUCCUCUGCAAACUCCACUUCCGCUUCUCUGGAAUCCUGCAUAUCCUCCCUCCGCUCCUCCGUCGACCUCCUCUCCGUAUCAAUCUCGACACUCGACACAGGAAUCCACGACUUCCCUCGCAUUGCACACCUCCUUUCCUCAGCCAGACACUUUGAGCUCCUCCCCGAACGCGAAGUCACCGCUGCCCUCCAAAGCCUCGAAACCGAAGUCGGGCCACAAGUCCAGGAACUCCUCCGCCGAGCUGAAGGGUCGGUAAAUAGGCUUGAACGACGCGAGUAUGCACUGAGAUCAAAGAUGGAUCUACAGGAGGUACGACUACAACAGAAGCCGCCUGUGAAGCCGAGAGCGCCUGUUCGACCUGUAAGAACUUCCGCAACGGCAUCAAGAGAGUUGGAGGAUAGGAUGAGGACGUUGAAAGCCAGGAAAGAGCGCUUGGCAUAUAGUGUGGAAAGACUCGAGCUUGAGCAGGAGAGAAAAGAGAGACAGGUGCGGAUGAGUAUGGGCUUUGGUUUGCAGAAUCAUGGGCAGUCUUUGGCUUGA